AUGAACGGGCUCCAUCUGAAGCAUUCUGACGUGGAGGAUAUCUAUAGUGUUAACCACGGAUUAGCUGAUAAAGCUGUUGCUGAAGGUAAGUCGGCGCAUGAGAUUAAGCUGUAUAGGGACAGGUCCAUACGGGCUUUCUUGCUAUUUUUGGUCUGUUGUACCAUAUUUAGCAACAAAAGCAGUUACUACGUGGACGUAGUAUACCUGCAGUAUUUUCAGGAUUUGUCGGCUGUCCGUGAAUGGAAUUGGGGUGUUGCUGCUCUGGUUCAUUUGCAACAUUAUCUGGAUGAUGCGUGUUUGGUGACAGUGAAUCAGAUGGCUGGGUACAUGUCUUUGCUUCAGGGCUGGAUAAUUUCUCAUUUUCCGGGACUUAGUGUGUGGGCGCAGGAUCCUAUCUAUUCUGAGGGCAUGCCUCGAAAUGCAAAGUUUGUUCCCGGAGCUGGACAUAGGGAACCAAGUAGCUAUAGAAACAGUUUGGAUAAUAUUCAGACGUACGGCUGCGUAUUCAGUCCAUAUGAUGAUCACCGACAUGUCCGCCCUUUGAUAAAUUCAUGCUGGUUUUCUGGAUGGUUGAGAUGUGGUAAUUUGAAAGCCAAGCACUUGCCUGAACGCGUGCUUAGACAAUUUAAACAUGUCCAAGGCAUUCCAAGAAAACCGGAUUUGUCUGCGACUCCGGGGAUGAGCCUAUGUGAGAUUGAUCGCGUUUUUAUGGAGGAGUUGGAUUUGAGGAUGAUUGCUGAAGAGAUGAGGGGUCAGGCUGUGGUUAGCGCAUGGGACCAUGAACCUGGAUACAUGACAUGGUUUUACAAAGUGUCACAUCCAGUUAUGCGACCCGUACAAGCUCCGGCGUCACCACCAAGGCCACCUAACUUAGAGGUGUUGAUAGAGGCCGCGGAAGCAAGGAAUGACCCUAAUAUGCUUCAGGUAUGCCGUGGUGUUAGGGAUGAGGUGGAGAGGUCACUUCGCGAAGGUGAGGCGGUGGAAGGAACUCCUGUUCAUGGUACUUUGCGGAGGAUUUUGAAUUUGCUUAACCCUGUUUUGACGUGUCGGCGACUUAAGCGGGGUAGAGGGAGACGAUACAACACUCGAGAGUAG